AUGAAAGUGAUUGCUGUGCUAAUACUGUUCGUGGCCUGUGUCGCCGCUGGUUUGCAAGAUUUUAAAGUGAAGACAGUCCAUCCUCGAGACAGGACAAACGCUUCAUCCUUCGAUUCCCGGAUAACCAAUGGCCUGGAUGCCGCAGCUGGUCAGUUUCCCUAUCAAGUUGCCCUCGAGUUCACCGGUCUUUUCAGCAGUUGGUUUUGCGGAGGAGUUAUCAUCGAUAACUGUUGGAUCCUUACUGCCGCCCACUGCACUGAUGAAGCUCUCUACGUUAAAAUCUUCUAUGGUGCUCUAAGUUUAAGUAGUCCCGCUUUCACAGAGACUGUCUACGCAUUGUCCUUUAAGCAACACAUCCUUUAUAGUUCAAGCUCUUUGAAAUACGACAUCUCACUGAUCAAAACGCCUCACGUGGCAUUUAAUUCGGCCAUCGAUAAGGUCAAGCUGCCUUCGAUUUCUGCCACUCCGCAGACUUACGAAGGAAAUAUAGCCACCACUUCGGGAUGGGGAUAUACAUCAGAUUAUAACCCCAAUCUGGCUGGAACCCUGCAGUACAUUGACCUCGAAGUUAUUUCCAACACAGAAUGUGAAUCUGUUUAUGGAGCUGUAAUCUCCGACUCAAACCUGUGCUGCAAAACAGACAAUGGAAUAUCCACAUGCUCAGGCGAUUCGGGAGGUCCUUUAACUUGGUAUGAUGGGAUAACUUGGCUUAUUGGGAUAACUGCGUUUGGAUCGAGCGAAGGUUGCCAAAAGAAUUAUCCAGUGGGUUUUACACGAAUUACCCAAUACUUGCAUUGGAUUAAGGAUAAUUCAGGCAUUUACACUCCUUAAGCUUUAUAGAUGUUAUAUUUUAAAUUUUUAUAAAUUCAAAUAUUCUAUUAUAAGUUCUAAUCG